AUGUUCAGGCUACGGAUGAAAUUUGUCAAUCGAAGUUUGGUGUCUAUUCCGCAAUCCGGAACAUUUGCCGAGGUUUGCCGCUUCAUUGCCCAAUCUGACCCAGAUGUUUUCGGAAAUUUUCUUUCGAACAAAGAUAGUCGGAAAUGGAAGAAUAAGAAGGUUCUUUCUGCAGAAGUUGCCAGAAUGCAGCUUGUUGCGUCACGCGAUCCAAACCGAUUUGGCACCUUACAGAGCGUCGAGGCAAAGCCUGCCGAUGCUUAUCAAGAAAUCCGGAUGCAGAAUGCCGAGGAUGAAGAUGAUGCGAUGGAAUUCAAGCCUUACGUAGUUCGCCGACAUUCUCAGUUUUGGUUCGCGCAGAAAUGUCGCCAGCUGGCUGCAGAAGGAAAACUAAGUUUGUUUCCCAAGAAGACGAAGUUGCCAGUUUUCGACUGGGCACUAAGAUACUCUCCAGUUCGUCUUGUUAGGCUGACCUAUGUCGCUUCGUCAUGCCAAGAAGCCAGAGUAUUUCAGCCGGACGACGUCAAGGUAGCAGGACUAGUUUUAGAAGUACCUUCGCUAUGGUCAGAUGGUGAUCCGAUCAACUGCAGGAAUCACGCAUGA